UGAACAGUUAGCGAGGAAAUAGUGUAUGCAUUUAACGGUAAAGGUUUAUUAGACUAGCCUAGUUGUAUACCAGGGUUCACAAAUGGCUUAUCGCGAAGAUAUUUCCAAUAUAACAAUAGGAGAUGCUGGGAGCGGAGCUAGUCUUAUAACGGAUAGAGACAGCUGGAAUUUCACUUUAAUAUCUAACACUCAUUCAGACAGUAUGGAAGUUUCUAGGACGAUUCGUUGGAUUUGUACAGCUACGCCUCUUAGUAUUAUCGGACUUGUUGUCAACACUUUCGCCAUUCUCUCGAUCAAGUUUAUAAGCGGACAAUUAAACUCUGUACAUAUACUGAUGAUCCAUCUUGCUGUCAGCGAUAUCUUGGGUGCGAUUAUAUGCUCACUGGUUGCUGUUUUAGAGGUAGCGCAGCAUAUAAAUAAGGACUUCUACUCCAUAUGCUUCCAUAACAUCAUUACAUUGAUGCACAUUUUUAUCUACACGCUUUGCACGUUGACUCUAUUGGCGGUAACGUUAUUCCGCUUCAUAACGAUUCGAUUCCCGAUGGCAGCGUGCAAAUGUUUGGAGGUAUCGAAGGGCUUAAUGGCGAUCGCCGCAAUUUGGCUCUUUUCAUUGGCUAUUUGUAUGCCGGGAGUUGUGUCUUUGUGGAAUAGUGAACGUGAUUGUUUCCUUAAGGGCUGGACGCUCCUUACAAUGAAAUAUCUCCACCAGAUUUGGCGUGUUCUGAUUAUAUGCAUCAUAUUGGUAAUUGUUGGGCUCUAUGUUUGGGUUUACAGAGAAGCGCGCAGGUGUAGAAUCCGAAUUAACAAUUUACAAGUUGGUAAAAAGAUUGAAGAAAGUUACAAAGCAUUGAAGACUACAAUGAUUUUAACCUGUACUCUCGUUAUCGCAAUUAUUCCAACAUUUAUAUAUUUCCUAGUUACGCAUUACAAAGAGGUUCCAAAUUCUUUUCCGAGGGAUAUCAUAGAAAAUUUACCUCUCCUGAAUUUCAUAAGCGAUCCGAUUAUAUAUGGGUUCAGAACCAAGGAUGUAAGAAACGGUUUUAAAAAGUUAAUACGACAUUGUUGUCGCUGUAGGCAAACAUUUCGAACACGUGGAAGUACAUUCUCAAUGACAAAUAUGACCGUUUAUUCUAAAGCGCCAACUUGGCUUUCAAAGUCAUCCACAUGUGACCUACCCGUAGAUCUGGACGGUCAAAGACCGCGACAGUCGCAGUACCCGAAUGAAGAGAAAUUAAGACUUUCAAAUGAUCAUGAUUAAGCCAUGGUGUACUUCUUUAAACCACACUCUAUAAGCAACAGCGUAAGGAUCAUAAAAUAAGCAAUCAUAAACAAUAUACAAGUGAACAGUUUUUUAAGGUUAUAGGCUUACACACGAAUACACGCUCGGUGGUCGUACAAAAUGGAUGGAGGGGGAUUAGACGAUUUCUGCAAGAAAACUCAACAAAUUUGGAAGAUUUAUUUUUUCAAGA